AUGGUACUGAUGGUGGUGACGGUGGUCGUGCUGGGUACUGUCGGGCUGCUCACUUGCGUGCUGCAUCACUACAAUCAACAAUACAACCCGUCCGUGCCCUGUCUGUCGGCAGCGCCCGGGCCGCCGCACCGCAGGCUUACCGCGCCGCCGCCACCGCUGACCAAGAAGAAAAAAUCGACGGCGACGACGACGACGACGACGACGACUACGACGGCAUCGGCGGCGGCGGCUGUGACGACGACGACUAUCAUCGCAUCGCCUGCACCACCGGUCUCGACUACGAACGGUGCCCGUCGUAGCGGCGGCAGUUGUUGUAACAGUAGCAGCACGUCCUCGCGAACCGCCAUGUUGACGAUGCGAAGCAAUAACGGUCUGUCCCGAGAACACGACCGGCAGGUCCGGUUGCACUCGGUCCGGACGGACUUGGAGUUGGACAUGCCGCCGCGAAUCCAUUUGCCGGACGGCGAGGAGUACCCGUACGGCAGCAUGGCCAAGUUGCAUUUGCGGAAUUCCGAACAAGAACGAGAGAUCUACCAAAAGUGCAUCAGGGGACCUCCAAACCGGACGAUAUGGACGUCGACUGCGGAGUGUCGGAAACUGUCGCAGCCUCACAGGUCCAGUUCCGCUUCCGGUCUCACGUCCCUCUCCACGUCCUUGUCCGAAGUGGACUCGGUCACGAGAUGUAACAGCGUCUCCUCGAGGUGUUUGCCGAGAACAGAGUUCCCGCAGGUGGACAACAUCCAGAGUCUGUCGAGUCUGACCAUGGUACCGUGUCUGAGCCACGUAGACAAACAGACGCUAAGCCAAUAG